ACAUCUCCCGGCAUCCCGCGGGCCGGGCGUGCCGCGCCGCGCCGCGCGUGCCGGGGCAGCAGGCCGCAGCGGCGGAGCCGGGGCCGCGGCGAUGCUGGAGGAGGCGGGUGAGGUGCUGGAGUCGGUGCUGAAGGCCUCAUGUCUGCCGCUGAGUUUCCUGCUCGUCGUGCCUGCUGUGCUCCUGCUGCUGGGCCCACCGCCCGCCGCCGAGGCCGCCCACGAGUUCACGGUCUACCGCAUGCAGCAGUACGAGCUGGGCGGGCAGCCGUACGGCACCAGGAGUGCAGUGCUGAACACAGAAGCCCGCACUGUGGAAGCAGAGGUCCUGAGCCGCCGCUGUGUCAUGAUGAGGCUGGUGGAUUUCUCCUAUGAGCAGUACCAGAAGGCUCUCCGACAGUCAGCUGGGGCUGUGGUGAUCAUCUUGCCACGAUCUAUUUCUUCUGUCCCACAGGAUGUUGUAAGGCAAUUCAUGGAGAUAGAGCCGGAAAUGCUUGCUAUGGAAACCAUUGUGCCAGUCUACUUUGCAGUGGAAGAUGAAGAGCUGCUGUCUAUCUAUGAGCAAACACGGGCUGCUUCUGCAUCGCAGGGCUCUGCUUCGGCUGCAGAAGUUCUGCUGCACACAGCAACUGCCAAUGGCUUCCAGAUGGUGACCAGCGGGGCUCAAAGCAAAGCUAUCAAUGAUUGGCUCAUACCCAGUGUGGAGGGAAGGCUAACAGGACUGGGUGGUGAAGACCUGCCCACCGUUGUGAUAGUUGCUCACUAUGAUUCUUUCGGCGUGGCUCCAUGGCUGUCACAUGGUGCUGACUCCAAUGGCAGUGGUAUCUCAGUGCUACUGGAACUAGCCAGGCUGUUUUCCCGGCUCUACACCUACCGACGUACCCACGCUGGGUAUAACUUGCUGUUCUUUGCGUCUGGAGGUGGCAAGUUUAAUUAUCAAGGAACCAAGCGGUGGCUGGAAGACAAUUUGGACCACACUGAUUCCAGCCUGCUGCAGGACAACGUAGCAUUUGUUUUGUGCCUUGAUACACUGGGCCGAGGCAGCAGCCUUCAUCUCCAUGUUUCAAAGCCUCCCAAGGAGGGGACCUUGCAGCAUGCUUUUCUGAGAGAAUUGGAGAUGGUUGUUGCCAGCCAGUUCCCAGAGGUGAAGUUUUCCAUGGUGCACAAGAAGAUAAACUUGGCUGAGGACAUGCUGGCAUGGGAGCAUGAGCGUUUUGCAAUCCGACGCUUGCCAGCAUUCACCAUCUCCCAUCUGGAGAGCCACCGGGACAGCCUGCGGAACAGCAUCAUGGACAGGAGGGCACGAAUAGACACUAAGGCACUAAUUAGGAAUACUAGGAUCAUUGCUGAGGCUUUGACAAGGGUCAUCUACAACCUAACAGACAAGGGAGCACCUGCAGAUCUGCAGGUCUUCACAGAUCAGAUGCAGAUCCAGCAGGAACAACUAGAAUCAGUGAUGGACUGGCUGAGCAGUCAGCCCAGGGCUGCCCAGCUGAUUGACAAAGAUAGCACCUUCCUUAACACCCUAGAAUAUUAUAUGGGUCGCUAUCUGAAGGAUGUCAAACAGCAUCAUGUAAAGGCAGACAAACGGGACCCUGAGUUUGUUUUCUAUGACCAGCUGAAACAGGUGAUGAAUGCAUACAGGGUCAAGCCAGCAAUAUUUGACCUCCUGCUGGCUGUCUGUAUCGCAGCGUACCUUGGUGUUGCCUAUGUUGCAGUGCAGCACUUUGGUCUCCUUUACAGGAUGAUACAGAGAUUAUCUAUUAAAACGAAGCAGCAGUGAAGCAAAAAGUCAUCACCCAUAGAGCAGCACUGAGCCACUGCUCUGCUAUCUCUGGAAGCACUGUUCCUGGCCUGCACUUACAAGCAAGUUCCCAAAGUGCUCGUUGCUGUCCUUUCAUGUGCUGCCCCAGUAUGUAUGAAGGCAGAUGACUUAGCCAUUAAAAAGCAAAACAACACAAAAAAAGAAGUUUUAUGAAUGUCAUUUUAAACAUGGCUGUUUCCAGAACUGUACCUGUGAGAGUAUGUUGGAAGACAUUCUCUCUGUUACUUUUAUCCUUGAACAAGCCUUAUUUUUAGUUUGCCGAUACUUCUGUAUUUGCCCAAAACUAGUGGCCAGUGCUGAGCAAAGAUCAGAGGGACAAGUAACGAGUUGCUCAAGCAUUGUCCUUGUCUUAAGUUGAAGUUCUUCCUGAGUUCCAGCAUCCAGGGUAAGCAGGAUACUUGUCACUAGUUUCUGGUGAGAUGAAUGCCCUUUCUGGGCAGCGUUGCACUUCGUUUACCCUCAAUUUCUGGAAAAUAAAUCAAGAUACUGACUACAAGUCCUAGGCUAGUUGUAGUUCUAGAAGAUGCUGUGACUGAAUACUACUGUCCUGACACUCAGCAAUGUUUGAGUCCUUCCUGAAAUUUGUUCUAUGCAUACGAGGUCUCUUCACAGGCCAAAAUGACUACCUUUUUUUUUUUUUUUUUUUUAAUUUCUAUAUAUAUUUAAAAUAGCAUCUUUUACAGGGGCUGAAAAGCUCUUGAGAUUUUGAAUGAAGGUGUACCCUUUUUUUGUAUGCAAAGAAAAUUCAAGCUGUGUAUCCUUGUCUGCACCACUACUGCUGUGCAUGCCAUGUGUUAGAAAAAGAGUUGUUGUGGCCUCUCACUGCCCUUGUCCAUUCGAUGGGGUCCAAAGCACUGAUUUCCAUCCAUCUUUCUUCAUUUCACUGUAGUCUCCUCUUGAAGGAGUACCCUUACCCCAUGAUGUGUGCUUUCUGCUCCUUUAAAUGUGUAGCAGCUUGUUCUUUAAAGCAUCUUUUCCAGGAGAGCAAGAGCAUGCUGCUGUCAGUGGCUCGCUGUAAUAGCAGCAGGUGGCAUGGUAUCAAGCACCCUUGAAAUAUCAGCCCGACAGGGAAACUUGCUUUUUUCUUAUCUUUUGAGUGUUUAUUUUAAAUACAUCUCUUUGCAUGCCUGAAGUAUUCAUGACACUCCUCUGCCAAAUGAAUUUUUCAUGGCUUCAGAAAUUGCCGGAGUGGCUGUGACAUGAGCCUUGUUUUCCACUAGCUUUUGUUUGUGCUCUACCCUUAGAAACUGCAUGUGUUGUGCUGUGGGAAAGUGUGUGCUCUGGACUGGGUGGGUUCAGAACAUGCUACAGUGGCUAUGUGAAGAUCUUCCUUUAGGUUCUGAGUAUCUGGAUGUAGCUUCCGAGGCUUCCAGCCGUAUCAUACGUUUCUGGUGUUACACUUGGACAGGGUGCAUUUCCUGCACUCCAGCCGAUUCCUUAACCAGGCUUAAUGGAACUGUUACUUCACUGAGAAAAAUAAACCAAAAUUAUUAGCAAUCAUGCUGCAUCUUGAUGUGAUGCAUAUAGAAAUGGGCAAGAGAGAACCCGGAGAGUUCUUCCUUGCAGUGAAGCCUUCAGACUUGCAGAUGAGAAGCUCGAAGCUCACAGUCAAAAAUUUCCACCAAGGCAACACAGUGUGGUUUCAGCUGUGUUGCUGUCAAGGUUGUAGCAUUAAAGCAAACACUUUAGUUCCUUGUGGUCUCAACAAUAAACUGCUAACACUCCUGAUGCAGUGGCAGCUAUCUAAAAGAAAAGCAGACAGAGGUAAAUGAGGAGAGGCUGUAAACCUCAGGGGCAGUUGAGAUAGUACAUGACACUUCCACACAAGGGUAAUUUGUCUUCUAAUCUGAUUGGGUGCAUUUUGUGUAUCCUAGCUGGCUGCCAUAGAAAGUAGUUUUGCUACAGAUAAGGGUUUAUGCUUCUGAACAAAGUGCAUGUGCACUGAAACAUAUAUUCAAAUCUGAGAUAGUAAAAUUCCAACAUUCUCAGAGCUGGAACAGAGUACCCAUCCUGGGAGUGAUCUUAGUUCCCACAUUGCCGUUUGCUUUGAGAAGUUGACAGAGAAGCUUGUAAAUAGACCCUGCUAUUCUGCUACAUUUUGAAAACAAACAAACAAACAAAAACAAAAAAAAAACAAAACAAAACCAAGAAAAACGGUGCUGAUUUGUACUGGUAGCAUAUCUGGUAAAUUCUGUCACCAACACAACACGCAAAGGCAGAAAUCCAACAGCUACUCUGGUAAAAUAAAAAUUCUCCACAACAUUGCAGAAGAGCUCUGUGUAGCUGAUUCCUGUUUCCCCUAUUUUUACCUAACCUUUUUAUCAGCAGUUUGACUGGUCUGGAAGGAAGAAGCAUUGAAAAUACAUGUCCACAUAUCUACCAGUGGCUAGCAGUUGAUGCUUCUAGCCAUAAAAUAAUUUUCUUUGAUAUCUGACUUUACCUGUUGUCCUGGUGCUGUCGAAGUCUGCAGCUCACAAAAGCCAGUUUUUCUAACAGGAUUUAAUGAAGCUCUUUAUUCUUUCUCUCCACUCCACAAAGGCUUUAAUGGGGAUUCUGUGUGUUAAGUUUGGACUAUUGUAGUUGAUCUCCCAAAUAAGAGAGCUUGGUUUAUUCUUGUGGAGUAAGUACCUCAGUGCAAUAUGAACUCCACCCUCAUACUCAGCACUAAAGGGAAAGACCCUGAUGCCAAAAUAGAGCUAAGUACCCCACUAUCUGUGCCUGGAGGAGUCACCACAAUCUAUUUAGAUGUUUGAUAACAAAAAUUGUUGUGGGGCUUGGUUUUGGGUGGGUGGUUGGUCGUUUGUUUGAAAUCAUGCAUUCUCAUGUUGAUCACAGUACAAGCCAAACUACUGAGCUGCUCCUGCAGCUUGUGGCCAAGCAGAGUUUUACAUCUAAGAGCCAUUCAGUCCUGACUUACUGAUCUGAAAUGAGGGGGGUACUACUACAUGUGUCAGUAAAUUUGGCCUCUUGCUUCUCAAAGUAUGGGCACCUGCUUGCUCACUUUGAUCUGUUUAGUUUCCAUUUGUAGUAACUGGGUAGCAGCUUCAAGGUUAUAAUAUUUGCAGCUCAGGAAAAAAAGUUGAUUUAUCUAGCAAUGUUAACUCAAUUAUUUAUCUCAUGUGUCCUGAAGAACAAAUGUAUAUUGAGGUAGAUAUUUAAAAGCUAAUAGAAAAGUCAAUGCUGUUGAUUUACGUAUUUUUUCUGACUAUAAAUGUAAUAAUAUAUAAGUAUUUUAACAGUUUUCAUUUCCUUGUUUGUCCAUUUUUCCCUUGGAAAAAUAAACCAAGUGAGUAGGUUUGUUGAGUA